AUGGAGCCGGGCAGCGUGGACAACCUGAGCGUCGUGUACCAGAGCAGUGACUUCCUGGUGGUGAACAAGCACUGGGACCUGCGCAUCGACAGCAAGACCUGGCGGGAGACGCUGACCCUACAGAAGCAGCUGCGGCACCGCUUCCCGGAGCUGGCCGACCCGGACACCUGCUACGGCUUCAGGUUCUGUCAUCAGCUGGACUUCUCCACCAGUGGGGCACUGUGUGUGGCCCUCAAUAAGGCGGCAGCUGGCAGUGCCUACAGGUGCUUCAAGGAGCGGCGUGUCACCAAGGCCUACCUGGCUCUGGUGCGGGGACACGUCCCGGAGAGCCAGGUGACCAUCAGCCAUGCCAUCGGCAAGAACACCACGGAGGGCCGUGCCCACACCAUGUGCAUUGAAGGCACUGAGGGCUGUGAAAACCCCAAGCCGAGCCUCACGGAGCUCGUGCUGCUGGAACACGGAUCGUACGCGGGAGACCCCGUAUCCAAGGUGCUGCUGAAGCCACUGACGGGCCGGACGCACCAGCUGCGUGUGCACUGCAGCGCCCUGGGCCACCCAGUCGUGGGCGACCUGACCUAUGGGCAGGCUGGUGAUCGAGAGGCCCAGCCCUUCCGCAUGAUGCUACACGCCUUCUACCUGCGCAUCCCCACUCGGGCCGAGCGCGUGGAGGCCUGCACGCCGGACCCCUUCCUGCCUACCCUGGAUGCCUGCUGGAGCCCGCACACCCUGCUGCAGCCACUGGACCAACUUGUCAGGGCCCUGCGGGCCGCCCCCGACCCCGAGCCCAUUGACAAGGACGCCUGCGGACCCCUUCCACCCCACCCCACGUCCCCUGAGACUGAGGCACAGCGGGCCUCUUGCCUGCAGUGGCUGUCGGAGUGGACGCUGGAGCCCGGCCACUGAGGCGUGGGCCGGGGAUCUGCACGACACAGCCGAGGCCUGGCCCGUUCAGCCAUCCCCAUUGUGGGCAGCUGCAGGCUGGUCAGCUUAGCAGCCAGGCCUGGGGAGGGUCCUGCAGGGCCAAGGACAGUAUCCUUGUCCUACCAUCCCGGGACCAACAGGACUGGGCCAGGAGCCAGCCAAGCUGCCCUCGGCUGAGCCCCAGGCAGCUGUGCCCCCACAGAGGUGCUGGCCAACUCCCUGGCUGGGGCCCCAGGCCCACAGGGUUCCUUCUCCACCCAGGCCCCCCCGGCCCACAGCCUGACCAGCUCCUCUCCUGCUGACCCUGCCUGGCUGGGACCCCUGGACCAUGCCUGGCCAACCUUGUGCCUUCGCUCCUGCUGGACUCCAAUCAAGGCUUCUCUCACAGACCCCAAGCUGGGCCUGUGGGGGCCACCCGGGGCUCCUCUCACGGACCCUAAACUGGGCCUGUGGGGGCUGCCUGGGGCUCCUGCUCCCUUGCAGCCACAGGUAUCCCCUAACGUUGGGGCCGCUGCCCUCCUCCCUGGUCUGGCCAUGCCACCCCACUGUAGCUAAGCUGCACAGAUUGAAUAAAUGUUCCUGAACCAGCCCCAAAGGGACCACAAC